CGAAGGGUGGGGAGAGGGGCGCCCCGCUUCCUCGCCAAGUGCCAGCCCUUGGAAGUUGCCCCCUCGGUUUUUAACCCUUUAGGGGGAAGGGAAGGACCAGCUAGGGGGGAAGGGAACACCCCAGGGCAAACACCUACUGGGGCCACCACUUGCAGCUACCCACCCACCCAUCACUGCGUUCCCCACCCCCCGGAAAUGCGGGGCAUAGCUGGGAGCCUGGAGGCACCCGAGGGGGGAGGGGGGCGACGAACCCGAGAGGAACCCUCUCUACGGACCUCCCCUCCUUCCUUAAGGUCGCCCACAAUUUCAAGUUUCCCCCGCCCGGGAUGUUAGUUUCCAUCUACUGUGGGUGGGGGAGGAGGGCCGCGCCCCCUCCCCCAGACUCGCGCGCGUGCCCCUCCCCUCCGCUCCUGCCAGCACUUUCUGCUCACUUCUGGCGCUGCAGAGCGCCACGCGAUUUAUUCGGUUCGCAUUUUUAAGCCAGCGAUUCGGGAGCAGGGCCUAGGGCGAGGGUCUUCCAGCGCUGGAGCCCCGGGAGGCGGGGUGCUCAGUGCAAACCUCGUUCCCUCCGCGAGUGUCGCCUUCAGGCUGUUAUUUGCAAAGAAACGUCUUUUUGACGCAGGGAGAAAUGGCAAAUUUUAACGGCAAGGGCUUACGUCCAGCGGGCUGACCGUCCCCAGCAGGGGUGCGGGGCCGGGGACGCCAAGGGCCCGGCCGCCUCCCUCGCCGCGACCCCGGAUGGAUGCGCGCCCCCCGCCCGCCCGCGCCGGCCCCAGGAGCUCCGGGUUUCGGGAGCAUCCUUCCCGCGCCGGCCCCCGCCGCGGCGCGUAGUCCAGGGCAGCGCCCCUGAAAAGGGCACCGCGGAGGAAGGCUAGGCCAGAGAGCCAGCUCCCCUCUCUGAAGAAGGGACCGGAAGGACCCUGCAGUUGCAAAUGGGCAGCCAUCUGUGGGAGCAAGCGGACUGAGCAUUGCCCUCUGAGGUGGAGGGUAGGGUGAGAAGGUGCCGAAGGACAAAGUAGACAAGGCCCCUUUCAUUCUUCCAGGAUCCCCUCGAUGGAAGAGAAGAGGCGAAAAUACUCCAUCAGCAGCGACAACUCUGACACCACUGACAGUCACGCUACAUCUGCAUCAAGAUGCUCCAAACUGCCCAGCAGCACCAAGUCGGGCUGGCCCCGGCAGAACGAAAAGAAGCCCUCCGAGGUGUUCCGGACAGACUUGAUCACAGCCAUGAAGAUUCCAGACUCCUGCCAGCUCAGCCCGGAUGACUACUACAUCCUGGCCGAUCCAUGGCGACAGGAAUGGGAGAAGGGUGUGCAGGUGCCGGCUGGAGCAGAGGCCAUUCCAGAGCCUGUGGUGAGGAUCCUCCCACCGCUGGAAGGCCCCCCUACCCAGGUGUCCCCUAGCAGCUCUGAACUUGGCGAGGGCUCCCAGCCUGAUUGGCCUGGGGGCAGCCGCUAUGACCUGGACGAGAUUGAUGCCUACUGGCUGGAGCUCAUCAACUCGGAGCUCAAGGAGAUGGAGAGGCCAGAGCUGGACGAGCUGACACUAGAGCGUGUGCUGGAGGAGUUGGAGACCCUGUGCCACCAGAAUAUGGCGCGGGCCAUUGAGACACAGGAGGGGUUGGGCAUCGAGUAUGAUGAGGACGUCGUCUGUGACGUGUGCCGUUCUCCCGAGGGCGAAGAUGGCAACGAGAUGGUCUUCUGUGACAAAUGCAAUGUCUGCGUGCACCAGGCAUGCUAUGGGAUCCUCAAGGUGCCCACGGGCAGCUGGCUGUGCCGGACGUGUGCCCUGGGUGUCCAGCCAAAGUGCCUGCUCUGCCCCAAGCGAGGAGGAGCCUUGAAGCCCACCAGAAGCGGGACCAAGUGGGUGCACGUCAGCUGCGCUCUGUGGAUUCCUGAGGUCAGCAUCGGGUGCCCUGAGAAGAUGGAGCCCAUCACCAAGAUCUCACAUAUCCCAGCCAGCCGCUGGGCUCUGUCCUGCAGCCUUUGCAAGGAGUGCACAGGCACCUGCAUUCAGUGCUCCAUGCCUUCCUGUGUCACAGCAUUCCAUGUCACAUGCGCCUUUGACCAUGGCCUGGAAAUGCGGACUAUAUUAGCAGACAACGAUGAGGUCAAGUUCAAGUCAUUCUGCCAGGAGCACAGUGACGGGGGCCCUCGGAGUGAGCCCACUUCUGAGCCUGUGGAGCCCAGCCCAGCUGGCGAGGACCUGGAGAAGGUGACCCUACGCAAGCAGCGGUUGCAGCAGCUGGAGGAAGACUUCUACGAGCUGGUGGAGCCGGCUGAGGUGGCUGAGCGGCUGGAGCUGGCUGAGGCACUGGUUGACUUCAUCUACCAGUACUGGAAGCUGAAGAGGAAAGCCAACGCCAACCAGCCACUGCUCACCCCCAAGACCGACGAGGUGGACAACCUGGCCCAGCAGGAGCAAGACGUCCUAUACCGCCGCCUGAAGCUCUUCACACACCUGCGGCAGGACUUGGAGAGGGUUAGAAAUCUGUGCUACAUGGUGACAAGGCGCGAGAGAACGAAACAUGCCAUCUGCAAACUCCAGGAGCAAAUAUUCCACCUGCAGAUGAAACUGAUCGAACAGGACCUGUGUCGAGAAGGGUCUGGGAGGAGAGCAAAGGGCAAGAAGAGCGACUCGAAAAGGAAAGGCCGCGAGGGCCCGAAGGGCAGCCCUGAGAAGAAAGAGAAAGUGAAAGCGGGGCCUGACUCGGUCCUGGGGCAACUGGGCCUGUCCACCCCAUUCCCCAUCGAUGGCACCUUCUUCAACAGCUGGCUGGCGCAGUCGGUGCAGAUCACAGCAGAGAACAUGGCCAUGAGUGAGUGGUCACUGAACAAUGGGCACCGCGAAGACCCCGCUCCGGGGCUACUGUCGGAGGAGCUGCUGCAGGACGAGGAGACACUGCUGAGCUUCAUGCGAGACCCUUCGCUGCGACCCGGGGACCCUGCCAGGAAGGCCCGUGGCCGCACCCGCCUGCCUGCCAAGAAGAAGCCACCGCAGGAUGGGCCUGGCUCACGGACGGCUCUGGACAAAUCCCCCAAGAAGCCCUGGGGCCAGGAUGCAGGCAGCGGCAAGGGGGGCCAGGGGCUAGUGGCCCGGAAACCAACGCGGCGAACGCCUUCCCACCUGCCGUCCAGCCCCACGGCUGGGGACUGUCCCAUCCCAGCAGCCCCCGACAGCCCCCCCGCUCUGGCCCCCGAGACCCCGGACGAGGCAGCCCCAAUGGCUGCCGACUCGAAUGUCCAAGUGCCUGGCCCUGCAGUGAGCCCCAAGCCCUUGGGCCGGCUCCGGCUGCCCCGUGAAAACAAGGGAACCCGGAGAUCGCCAGGUACCAGGCCUGAUGCUGGGACAGGACCGCCCUCUGCUGUGGCCGAGAGGCCCAAGGUCAGCCUACACUUUGACACUGAGACUGACGGCUACUUCUCUGAUGGGGAGAUGAGCGACUCAGAUGUGGAAGCUGAGGACAGUGGGGUACAGCGGGCUCCCCGGGAAGCAGGGGCUGAGGAGGUAGUCCGCAUGGGGGUACUGGCCUCCUAAGCCACCCCCGUCCUGUCCCAGGCCCUGCCCUGGUCCUCCCACGAGGCCUCAGCCCAGUCACAACUGCCAUUUCCAAUCUCUGCUGAGUGUCUCAGACCCUUGAGACUGCCACUCUGUUGUGGUGUUAUUUUUAAUAUAGAGAGAGUUUUGAAUUCCACACUGUUGUCUUUCCUCUGUGCUGGCCUAGGACAUUAGAAUUCCUUCCACGGCUCUGGCCGCAGGGGCCCUAGCGGGUCCUGUGUUCCAUCCCCGCCGCGGCAGCACCCUGCCCCGGCCCAGGCGACAUUGCCGGGCUCCUGGCUAGAUGUAGGCGAGGCGAAGAAGAGCUCAGGACGCCAGCCCGCUGCCACUGGGUGACACAGACCGUCGUUUGGGCAUUAUCUCACGGCAGAUGGGCCAGCCCACGGCCUGCCCCGCCUUGUCCCCAAAUUCCACUGGGGUCCAUUUGGGGGGUCCUGCUGCACUCCACUGAUCCCCAAGGAAGUAUAAUAAGCGAUCCCCAGCCAGAGUCUACUCACUGUCACAAGCACAACGAGCUUAUACAAGAAAGCACUGAGGGGUCGCUGAGGGCCCGCUGGUUCCAGAGGAACCACAGCUGUUCCUGAUCAACCCACAUCAUCUGAGGCCUGCCCGCCCACCCCGUGACCCUCCACUCCCUUGCUGCUCCACCCCUGCCAGUGCCCAGCCCGGCGGCUCUGAGAAGGGGUUCCUAGAAUCCUUUCUGAGCUGUGCCAUUUACUCAGGGGACUCCCAAACAGCCAGCCGCCAGUGCCGGUGGAGGGCUGCAAGGGAGGGCCAGUGCCCAGAUAGGGGCGUGGGGCUCAGACUCCCCCCACUUCGAGAAUUGCUCUGGGGCUCCAACUUCCUUCCUUCCUUCGGGGCCAGUCUCGGCUGACAUCUGGUCACUCCCAGACAGCUGACCUGACCAGACCAGACCGUUUGCCUUUUCAGAUUUUCCAAUCCUGCUACGAGAUGAGCUUCUUCCUCAGUUUCCUUUCGGAAACCCCUCCUUCCAACAAGCAAGUGGGAUCCCGGGGCCCAGGGCCGGCCAUGUCGGCCUGCUGUGUCUGUUUGAAGUCUUGCUGGAUGUUCCUGGUUCCUCCGUCCCUGUGAGCCGUUACCCCCUUCCCUGGCUCUGCCCUCCUUACCCGCUGCCACCCACCCCGCCUUUUCCGUCCCACCCCCUAGGUUCCAGGUAACUAGAACCUUUUGCUCUGAAAAGUUGUCAGGGGAGUGGCCCCAGGGUGAUAGCUCAGGGAACAAACAAAAAAAAGGAAUUCAGUGAAAACAUGGUUUUUUUUCUUUUAUGAAUUACUCCUGGGUCACUUCCGCCACUGGUGAAGCCAGAACUUCGCCGACCAGAACCUUGCAAAAGUCCAGUGAAUCAGUCGAAUCAUUCUGUGGAUGCCAAAGAAUAUUUUGACCAUAAUACAGCACAGCCUGGACCUGAUAACUUGUCACUUGGACUUUUUUUUUUUUUAACGGAGUUCUUUAGCAACACAGUGUGGAGACCUGUUCGUUGCACACACCCAAGGAGAUGAGCCCAGGCUCUUGGAAGAGGACGCUGUUCUGCUGCUGAACCGUUGGAAUCGGGACGUGGGAACCAGGUGUUGGCAUUUCAGAUCCUGGGCCCGGCCCGCUGUGAGCUUUCCUAAACUCUGAGACCCACAGAGGGGAUGAAUACGGACGGCAAAACCAGCAUGGCAAGGUCUUCACCAUGUGGUUCCCCCCCACACAAACACGCAACGUGCAAAUCGGCGGGACGGGCAGCAGCUUGACCACCCACCCCCGCCUCCAGAAC